GGACCACCCUGUAUGUUAUAUCAUAAAUUAAUUUCAAUGAAAGGGAAAUUUUAAUCAAAAAAAAAUUCAAUAUUCAAACAAUAUAUAUUUUAGUAUGUACUUUACUUUCAUUUAGUCAAAAUAAGACAAAAUUCUGUCAGUACCGACUAAUCGAGAUUCUGUUUCAGACAGGAAGAAAUGACGCAGACAAGCGAACCCAAACCUAGAUCUGUUGGUGUUUUAGUGUCGGUGCCGGAGUGUGCGGUACGAUGUCUGUCGUAAAUUCGGUCGCUCUGUUCAGUUCUCGGGAAAGAUGCGCUCAAAACUGAUCGACGUGGGCGACGAGCGCCAGCGCAGACUGUUUCUCGUUCAGCGACAAACUGCACUCAGAGGAAAACCGUCGAAGGGAUUGACAACGAAUUUGCGUUAGCGAGAAAGAUUGGUAGAGUUAGCGGGUAAUAGUUGGGGUGUGAUAGUUUGGGGGUUGAUUCUUUGAGUAAUACACUAGACAAAAUUCUUGAAAACACCAAACGGACACAUGGUUCAAUCAGAUUAAUAAAAAGAUCUCGAUGUCCCUUUCAAGUGUACGUGCCUCAUCCGAAAACAUAUCAUGAAAGACGGUACCCCGCUUAGACCAUCACUCAGAACACUUGUCCGUUGACCGUUCACGAUGAGCGAUAGACACCUGGCCAACGGUUCGGACAAUAUGGCGCCCGCCGUACCCUACCAGGACGCCAACGUCGACCACGUCAUCAACGAGUACAUGGAACGCCUGGGCACGCGCCUCAACAUCCUGGAAACGGAGCUGAAGUACGCGUGGCGCGCUCUGGACCUGCUCAGCCAGGAGUACAUCAAGAUGUGGGAGCGGCUGGAGAAGCUGGAAGGGUUGCUGUUCGAGCAGCAGAGCGUGAUCUCGCAGUUGCUCAAUUUUUACACGUCGGGUGGUGCGGGACAUCGGUCUGGAGCAACUGUUUCGAUGUUAGAGGGUCGAUUAGGAGAGCUGGAAGUUAUUAGAGAGAUAUUAGGCAACGGAGCUGUCGAGGACGGACUGGAAGAAGGACUGGACGUUACUAGAACCCACGAGCCCCAAAUCCAGGAAAUCGACGAAAUGCACGUUCCGGACGAAGCCUUCUACCGCAGCCUCAACCAAGCCUACGAGGAAGAACUCGUCAGCUGCGACCCGGUCUGUCAGCCCAGCCAACUGGAUAUGAUUUGGGAGGAACGCGAAGAAGCGGAAGAAAUGGAAAAGAAUAAAACACCGUUGGACGAAGAAGAAGAAGAGAUUUAUAGCGCGUUGGAUUACAAGGAUUACCGAGGAAACUCGUCGUGCGUUAGCGAGCAGGAUAUCGCCGAACUGACCCGCAUCGACUCCAUCGAUCACAUGGCCAUAGAGAAACUCAACGAAUUAGAUAGGCUCAGUAACAAAUUGCAACAGGACAGCGUCAACAUCAAGCAACUGCAGAGGAAACUGUUGGAGUCACCCAUUUCCCUAGCGGGUAUCAGCGAGGAACCGUCCAGGACGCAGGUGGAGGACGAGAACUGGUCUUUUUCCAGCAACGUGCGGGACCAAAACGAACUAAUGAUGCUCGCCAAGACGGAGCUAUCGAACACUUCAUACACCACAAGGCCCAGUUCGAGACUUUCUAUUAGUGAUCCGGAUAAGGAAGUAGCGGAAACGCUUGCCGGUGGGAUGAGGACGCCUACUUCGCCUCGUAGAAGACAAGUGGAGAGUGUUAACAGCGAACCGUUUUCAACCGUUGACGGUCGGUUGGCUUACAGCGCUGCGGUGCAGCACGUGGAGUCAGCCGAAGCCGCCGCGGCAGCUGCGGCUCUUCGAAACUCGAAAAACCCGUUCUACUGCAGUAACCUAGACUUAAACGAACUUAUAUCCGCCUCCUACGAUACCGUUCCUUGUUCCACACCGAACAUAUUUCAUAUCAUGUCGGAGAAAGCCUCCUCGCCUACUUUAUCUAUCUGCAGCGUGCGCACGCGACAGGACGGGUACCUAGAACCGAAAAAACCGUCUCGCCAGUCACCUAGUCCGCCUCCGCCCGCACCCGGUGGAGUUUUUCUUAACAAUGCCUCAAACAACGUCUUCCUCGGACCUGGCGACUCUUCUACUAGCAACCAGGAGCACCUGGGUCCAAUGCCACACUCACCCAGAUCACCUAAAUCUUCUCCGAAAAGAAGUAAGUCUCAUUCGUCCAAUAUAGUCGCCGCCAAGUCGGAUUCGGGUCUGUCCUCGAUGUCCGGCUGGUCCAGUUUAGAAAAAUCGCCAGGAUCUCCCAAAAAUGGAGUGGUGAAGCCGUACGGAUAUUUUGCUUUUAAUAAUAGACCUUCUUCGCCUGGAGCGGGUGGUUCCCCAGGUAAAUCAAGGGGCUACGCGGAAUCAUCAGUAGAUUCGAAAAUAACCUCUAAUACUCACCUGUCUACAAACGAAAUUCUACCGGGUGGGCAUCAUUUAUCAGCCUUCACUAACGUCAAAUCCCCUGGUAACAUUCAACUCGAUAGUUAUGGAACUUUUGUACCUGCACCUGCGCCUGCGUCAGAUAUCAAUGUGAGUCCCAACAGGAACACGCUAGCUGAGGCACAGAGUACAGCUUACAAUCCUAUCCAGGGAUAUAUGUAUCAGAACGACCAACCUGCUAUUUACUCCGUCGCUGGUAGUAAUAACAAAGACUCCUACACGAGCGUUUACACGAGCAACAGUGCAGAUUACAUUAACCAAACUAUCCAUUACCCGGAUUUAGUUGAGCCAUACGAAAACAACGAAUUUUUUACCGCACAACAGCUUCAGUAUUACAAUACCUUAUCGACUUCUUCAAGUAGUGCUCCAGAUCAGAACCAAUCUAGGAGAAACUCCCAUUCUCGGUCACAUUCAACAAGUAAACCGCCUGAAAACAUUGCGAAUCACGAUGGCUAUCGAACAGCGAUGUACCGAACUAUGUUUCCUACAGGCAACAUCACCGAUGCAUUGAGUUAUUAUCCCACAUCCAGCCGAUAUGACUCGGCAAUGAACAACCUUCCACCGGGGAAUUUCAACGAUCCAGGUGCCUGGCUAAAUUGUCCGCCCGAAGCAGCUUAUGCUGAUACGGCCAGUACGUCUAGUUCGAUGAAAUCGGCUGAAACGUCUGAAACUGGAUACGCUCAGAGUCCAUACAUGGACAGGAGGAAUCAACAAGCAAUUCAGAACCAACCAAUUUACGAGAACCAACAGCAAAUCGAACAGCAUCAGCGGAGUUGGAACCAACGGCAAGACGCGUCCAGGCUAGACUUAGAUUUACGAAACAGAACCGUUCCUGAAUAUAUCGUACAUCCUCAGCAAUCAGGAAAUGCGUACUAUGAGGCCACUGGGGCGAUUAUGACUCAAUCAGGGUACAUAACUAUAACCAACAACCAAACACAAACCCGAGAAGAAAAAGGAAAGAAACUGAAAAGGGGAAAUACCUUAAAGUCGGCUAUGAAUUCCGUUAGCAACUGGUUUCCAGAUCUUCAUUUAACUAAAAGACAUAGAUCCUAUUCUCUUCCGGGAGGGACAAAAAAAGACGAAACGGAUAAGGGCCGGAAUACAUCGGGUAAACCUCAUGGUGCCAGAAAGAAAAAACGAAAUGCCAUAGUCUCAACUGUCUCAGGGAUCCUUCAAAAAGCGAAAAGAAAAAGUGUUGGAUCGCAUCAUUCCCUUUCUGAUCCAGAACAAUCUGAAAACGAGUGGGUGAUUAAAAGAGCCAGUUCGGUGGUUUCUGAGGAUGACCGGAGUGAAGAUAGUACAAGCAUAUCAGAAAAUAUUUUUGAAAGGGAUUUAUUUCCUAAAAUUAGUCCAAAAUCUAAGAGUAGGAAGAGUAGUAAGUCGGAUGAAGAAGCACAAAACGCUCAGUUACAGCCUAUUUUUGAACCAGUGAAGACAUCACCUAAAGAGUACCUUCCAGAACUCCAGCAGGAUGUUCAACAGCACGAGGAAGACCAUUCUGGGAAAAGUACAGGAAGUGGAUCGAGUAAUAUUUUUUCUACUGUCGGAGAGGCAAAACGGAGCAGUGGAUCGUCAGAAAAGAGCGACGAAACAGUAAUAACAGAGAAUAAAAUGGUCGUAGUAGUAGGGGGUGCGUCCAUGGAGUUUGCUGUUUCCAGAGCCUUAGGACGCUACAGACAAAAACAUUCCAAUUCAAUAUCCGAAGACCAAAUAGCCGACAACACCGAAAACAAUGUUAAAAUAGAAGAAAUUCCUGACGAAACUGAAAAACCAGAAAUAAAGCCACCUCCCGAAAACACGCCUCACAUUAUCGAGCAAAAAUCUGUCGAAAGCACCGGCAGUAUUGAUAAUAACAAAUACGAAGAACCUUCCAUAGAAGGAAGUCCGAUAUUACGAGCAACGAUAAACCGAUACCUUCCGAGACACCAGCAAAGCUUGGAAAUACCCAGUCACAGAGGAGACGACGAAGACAGCAGAAGCACCCAUUCGUGGAGAAGUACCUCUCGAGUUUCGUCAAGGAGACAGAGCACUGAAGAUAGCAUAGACAGCGAGGACGAAUGGUAUUGUUACGAACUCCGAAAACUGGAAGAAAUGGAAAGACAGACUCAUUUGGAAGUUGAGAUGGGUUCAACUCUUCACGAAGUACCUGAGCCUGAAGAAGAAAGGUAUGAACCCGAGGAGGAGGUUAAGGAAAAAAUGUCAUUUGUUCUAAGAGAGCUAAGGAUGAAAGCUAAAGUUGUUGAAGGUGUUUUGGAUGAAAAAGAAAAUAACCUACUCGCAGUGAAUUCAGCUAGAAAGCGUGAGCACCGAGGUUCGUUUCAUCUUGAUGAAGCGGCAGCGUUGUUCGAGAAAAUUAAAGUCUAUCACCACGAGUCGUUAGAACAAGAAAAACUAGAACAACCCCCUAUCGAAGAACCAUCAGUAAUGACUCCAGAGCCAGAAGUUAGAGACUAUGACCGUUUGGAAGAACCUCCAAAAGAUGAAGACGAAGGUGGCUCAUCUGGAGCUACUUCUGGACCUGAUAGUCCGCAUCAAAGCACGGACGAAUAUGAUGAGCUUGAAAUGAGAAUCAACGACGAAUUUGCACGUUGUCAUAUCUCGCAAGAGGAACAGCAAGAACGAAUGAAUAGGGAAACCAUGCAACACCAUGAGAGUAAGGACUACGAAAAAGAUGACCAAUCUAUACCACAGAUUCAAGUUGCUAGUGCGACACCCAGUAAAGAAGAAGCUCCCAAAGAAGCAUCAAAGGAAACACCGGGAAGUAAAUGGAAGUUAUUGAAGACGUUGAAGGAGAAAAAGGCAGAAGAAAAAAGUGUCCAGGGGAAACCAGUUGUUGAGCCUGCCGUAGCUCCAAAGGAAGAAAAAAAUGGAUCGAUUGGGGGUGAUGCAGCAGGAAGGGGUAAUGGCGGACCAGGAGACAAUACGUUUUACAGCAACAUCGAUAUCAAACCCGAUAUCAGACCAAUUAGAAGAGGGAAACCAAACCUCUUGGUUUCCGACUUAGUGCUCAAGACUAUGGCAGCUACCAAAAGGAACGCUGGUUUAACGUCGGCAGUACCUAGAGCAACAUUGAACGAUGAAGAAUUGAAAAUGCACGUGUACAAGAAGACUCUGCAGGCCCUGAUCUACCCCAUCAGCUGCACGACGCCCCACAACUUCGUCCCCUGGACGGCCACUUCGCCCACUUACUGUUACGAGUGCGAGGGCCUCCUUUGGGGCAUCGCCAGACAGGGGGUGAGGUGCACGGAGUGCGGAGUCAAGUGCCACGAGAAGUGUAAAGAUCUAUUGAACGCAGAUUGUCUUCAAAGAGCGGCUGAAAAGAGCUCGAAACAUGGAGCAGAAGACAAGGCCAACAGCAUCAUUACAGCUAUGAAAGAGCGCAUGAAACAGAGAGAACGGGAAAAACCGGAAAUAUUUGAACUGAUCAGGGAUGUGUUUGGUGUGGAGGAGAAGAGUCACGCCGGUCACAUGAAGGCCGUCAAGCAGUCCGUGUUGGAUGGCACGUCAAAGUGGUCGGCUAAAAUCGCCAUUACAGUAAAAUCAGCGCAAGGUUUAAUAGCCAAGGACAAGAGUGGGACUUCUGAUCCUUAUGUGACUGUUCAAGUGGGUAAAGUGAAGAAACGCACAAGAACUAUGCCUCAAGAACUGAAUCCCGUGUGGGACGAGAAAUUUUACUUUGAAUGCCACAACAGUUCAGACAGGAUAAAAGUACGAGUUUGGGACGAAGACAACGACUUAAAAAGCAAACUCAGACAAAAACUGACCAGGGAAUCUGACGAUUUCCUCGGACAAACAAUCAUAGAAGUACGCACGUUGUCCGGCGAGAUGGACGUCUGGUACAACCUGGAAAAACGAACGGACAAAUCGGCAGUUUCCGGCGCCAUUCGGCUGCACAUCUCGGUGGAGAUCAAAGGUGAAGAGAAGGUGGCACCUUACCACGUGCAGUACACGUGCCUGCACGAGAACCUCUUCCAUUCGUUGUGUGAACAGAACAACGGUAUAGUGACGUUGCCUCUGGCGAAAGGAGACGAUGCUUGGAAGGUGUACUUCGACGAAGCACCCGAAGAGAUAGUAGAUGAAUUCGCUAUGCGAUAUGGCAUAGAGUUUAUUUACCAAGCUAUGACGCAUUUCCAUUGUUUGUCCACGAAGUACCUUUGUCCUGGAGUACCGGCCGUGAUGAGCAUGCUCCUAGCCAACAUCAACGCUUACUACGCACACACCACAGCCUCGACAGCUGUCUCCGCCAGUGACAGAUUUGCAGCCUCCAAUUUUGGGAAAGAGAAGUUCGUUAAGUUGUUGGACCAAUUGCACAACUCAUUAAGAAUCGAUCUAUCAAUGUACCGAAAUAACUUCCCGGCUUCCAGUCCAGACAAGCUUAUGGACCUUAAAUCAACAGUUGACUUGUUAACUAGCAUCACUUUCUUCAGGAUGAAGGUUCAAGAAUUAUCCAGUCCACCCAGAGCUAGUACAGUAGUGAAAGACUGUGUUAAAGCUUGUUUAAGAUCUACAUAUCAGUUCCUUUUUGAGAACACUUACGAGCUGUAUAAUAGAGAAUUCCAGGCUGAUCCGAAUGAACCCAAAAGAGAUCCAGAAGAUCAUGGACCUCGGCUGGAUAGCGUGGAUUUCUGGCACAAACUCAUAGCGUUGAUUGUUUCUGUUAUAGAAGAAGACAAGAACAGUUACGGGCCUGUUCUAAACCAGUUUCCACAAGAACUCAAUAUAGGACAACUGUCCGCAGCCACUAUGUGGUCCCAAUUCGCAGUCGAUAUGAAAUAUGCCUUAGAGGAACACGAAGCCCACAGACUCUGCAAGUCCUCAGCUUACAUGAACCUCCACUUCAAGGUCAAGUGGCUGUACUCGAACUACGUCAAAGAUGUGCCUCCGUACAAGGGCGAAGUACCGGAGUACCCGGCCUGGUUCGAGCCCUUCGUCAUGCAGUGGCUGAACGAGAACGAUGACGUGUCGUUGGAGUACCUCAACGGUGCCUUUACCAGGGACAAAAAAGAUGGGUUCCAAAAGAGUAGUGAACAUGCCUUAUUCUCCAACUCUGUAGUGGACGUUUUUACCCAACUGACCCAAUGCUUCGACGUGGUAUCCAAACUGGAAUGUCCCGAUCCAGAAAUUUGGAAAAGAUACAUGAAACGCUUUGCCAAAACUAUAGUCAAAGUUUUGAUUGCGUACGCGGAUAUAGUGAAACGAGAAUUUCCAGAACAUCUCAAAGAAGAAAGAAUAGCAUGUAUUUUAAUGAAUAACAUUCAACAACUCAGGGUACAGUUGGAGAAGAUGUUCGAGUCCAUGGGAGGUGAGAAACUAGAAGAAGAUGCUGCUAACAUCUUAAAGGAAUUGCAGCAAACUUUGAAUGGUUGUUUGGAUGAAUUGGCCCAUCAAUUCGCGUCUAGUUUGGAACCAAGGAUAACUCAGAGCGUGAAAGAACUAGGCGAUUUACUGGUUGCCAUCAAAGGUGGAGGUCAACCUGGAACGUUGAAUCAACCUGCUCAACGUCAGCAAGUAGCCGUAGAAGCGGACGAAGUACUGCGCCCUCUGAUGGAUCUUUUAGAUGGCUCUUUAUCACUUUAUGCGCAGUCGUGCGAAAAGACUGUCCUCAAACGUUUACUGAAGGAAUUGUGGAGAAUUGUGAUGAGAAUCCUGGAGAAGACUGUGGUUUUACCUCCAAUGACUGAUAAAACGAUGGUGUUCAAGAGUAUUACGGAUAACGCCAAAAACUUGGCUGCUAACACGAAGAUCGAAGACAUGUCACGGUUGUUCAAGAACCACAUGACGGGCAAACAAGAUGUGAAGAAUGCUCUUAGUGGUGUGAUGGACAUAAGUAAAGAGGUGGAAAAGAAUUUAUCACCGAAACAGUGCGCGGUGUUAGAAGUUGCUCUGGACACUAUCAAACAGUACUUCCAUGCAGGAGGCAACGGACUGAAAAAAGCCUUCCUGGACAAGAGUCCCGAACUCCAGAGUCUCAGGUACGCGCUGUCGCUGUACACGCAAACUACAGAUACCUUAAUCAAGACCUUCGUGACCACGCAGAUCAAUGAAGUGCCCCUUAACACUAAAGAGACGAUGCUCCAGCGGCAGAUUUCGUUCGAUCGGGAAGAGCCUGAAGCCGGCCUGGAGGCCUUGGAGGAACCGCUCAAGGCCAAGAAGCCCAAGGACAAAUGGCCAGAUUCAGUAGACGGUCAAGAAGGCAGUGUGGGUGAAGUGUCGAUACAAGUUGACCUGUUCACUCAUCCAGGCACAGGAGAGCACAAAGUCACAGUCAAAGUUGUUGCUGCCAAUGACCUCAAAUGGAACCUAGUGUCUGGAAUGUUUAGACCCUUCGUGGAAGUUAAUCUGAUCGGACCCCAUCUGUCCGAUAAGAAGAGAAAACACGCCACGAAGUCCAAGUCGAAUAACUGGUCGCCGAAGUAUAAUGAAACAUUCAAUUUCAUUAUUGGAAAUGAGGAACAGCUAGACUUCUACGAGCUGCACAUUUGCGUCAAAGACUAUUGUUUUGCAAGAGAAGAUAGACUGGUUGGAGUAGCAGUUAUGCAACUGAAAGACAUUGUAGACAAAGGUUCUUGUGCCUGCUGGCUGUCGCUGGGCAAGCGCAUCCAGAUGGACGAAACGGGCUGGACCAUCCUCAGGAUCCUUUCCCAACGCACAAACGACGAGGUGGCAAAGGAGUUCGUCAAACUCAAGUCGGACAUCCGGCAAGAGGACAACCUCAACCAGUAACUCAACCUCCUCGAAGAAGCAGUACCUGGAUAUUUCCUGGUUUUUGUCUAAAAUAUUCUUAUCCAGCUUUCGGGCGUUGAACGCGGCACCGAAGUGUAUUUUUAAGUGAAACACUUGAGAAAUAAUCUUGUUAAAUUUUGUUAUUGGGAAAAUGUGCGUUCGCCUAGUUUUGAUAUGCCAUCCAGGUAAAAUAACACAAAAUUGAUAUAUCUUAGUGCGCAGUUGGGUUUUUUUUGUCUCAGUGCACAGCUGUAUUUUUUCAAAAGAUAGGGGAGCGUAUAAGCAAUAUAUCACAAUAAUGAAAAUUUAUUGAAUGGAACCGAUGGUAUCACACAAUUAAAGAUUUUUAAGAAUGUUUAGUACUCUACAAUUUCCAAAUUUUUAUUUCUACAGAGUGAGUUUUUUACGGUGAUGUUCUCUAUGG